CGUCAUCCGUUCGUCGUACGCCGUCCGCACGACACGACCAUCGAAACGGUCGCCCGCACCACUCCGCACGACACUACUGCACACAUAAUAUCUUAUGGGGCGCAUAUUGCUGCGAACGAAUUUCCGGCGCACGCUUUAAGGUCAGGAAGACCGCGAAAACCCAGUCUUCAUAUCGCACACCGCAGGGAUUACGUUACACUCGUCGAAUUUUCGUGAUUUUCCGGCCGUUCCGUCGCGUUCGGGAUACAUACGUACGUGCAGUGUAUCUGCGGUCUGCCGAAACCGAGAAACUUUGACGGCGGACAGUGCACACAAACGCGGUAAAAAUUACUGCAAAUUUGUGCGGUAUAACACUGACGACGUAUUCCAUAUAGACGCGCGCCCGCUCCGCACGGAUGACCGAGGACAAGAAUCUCACUCCGUUUUCCAUAGCGGACAUCCUUAAAAGCGAUGACCGGGUGGACCGCGAUGGAGACGGCGACGCCGCUGCGGCGGCACCUGCUGCGCGUAGCGCCAAGGACUGCGCUGAUGGAGCACUGGACAUGACCAAUAAUAAGUGCGCUGACAAAAAAGAUGAUCUUAAAUUCCACGAUAUUGAAUACCGAAGGAGAAUCGAACUUUUAGGUAACGGCGACUUUAUAUUUAAUCGAACAGGUGACCAUCGAAGUGCACUAUCACGAUUUCUUCGAACUCACAGUGAAAGGCCAAUGCACAUACAACAACGUAAAAAACGGUCUAGAGCCGCUUUCUCGCACACUCAGGUGUUCGAGUUGGAACGACGGUUUAAUCAGCAGCGUUACUUAUCUGGUCCGGAACGUGCCGACUUAGCCCACUCGCUAAAGCUGACCGAGACUCAGGUAAAGAUAUGGUUCCAGAACAGACGAUACAAGACCAAGCGCAAGCAGUUGCAAGUGCCGUCCGGAGGCGGUAUUGGUAACGGAGGCAGCCCACCAGCUAAAAGAGUGGCGGUCAAAGUCUUAGUCCGUGACGAUGAGAGUCCCAAAGAGGCUGUACACCAGACGUCAGCUGAGGCUUAUCACCGUCAGUCGUCCAGGCACGCGUCCCAGGGUGCAGUGGCUGUUGCGGCGGCUGCUGCGGCUGCAGCGGCAGCUAGUGGAGAUUAUCGAAUGCAACAACUAUUGCAACAGCAACUGCACCAACACAGAAGCCAAGUACAUCACCAACGCCUCCACCGUGGCGGCGAUGAACACACUUCCGUAACUUACCUACACCCCCAAUCGACUUUCGGCAACGGAUUACAUCACUUUCCUCCCGGCGCCGCUGCUGCUCCGUAUUAUUGUUACGAGUACGGUCCGGUAGUGGCGGCGUACCUUCAACAUGAACCCGGAAGUCGGGUGUCGUCCACGACCACUACCGACGAGCUGCAGGACACGUCCGACGCCGGCAGUGAGUGUUCUAUAAACGUCAUCGACGAAUGUCCAACGUCAACGACAGUUUCCGAAUGAUGCGCGUCUGUAUGAUUAUCGACGAACGAUUCGCUUUAAUCAUGGCAUCGCGUUUUGGGGGUGAAAUUAACUGUCGGAAAUGCAUUUCGGUUUUUCGACGUAAAACUCCCGAAGUUUUCAUUAACACGGAGACGAUUUUAACCACACCCUUGAAAAACAAAAAUCAUCUUUGGCGUGGCGUACGAAAAAAGGUGGGACGCAUUACGCUCGUAACUUUCCACAAAUCCAAUUUUUUUUCAUAACGGUUUUCGUCUAGUUGUCGUUUUUUAUCGAUCAUUAAUAUUGGCUAUAAUAUAUAGUUU